AUGAAGGCGCUGAACGAGUCCGAUGCCGAUAGAAUCAGCAGCCUUCCUGACGACGUGAUACAGAGCAUCGUCGCUUUCUUACCCGUAAAAGAUGGAGCGAAAACAGCUACACUGUCGAAACAAUGGCGGCACAACUGGGGAGCAACUGCUAAGCUCGUGUUCAAUGGCGGUUUCUGUCAAAUCUCAGCGGUGGAAGACUAUGUGCUCAAGGCUAGUGAGCUAAUGUGGGAGAUUUACAAAGCUCUGCUCCUUCACGAAGGACCCAUAACCGAAUUGGUGCUUGAAAUCCCUGGAUUAAGGCCUUGUACUGACAUGGAUCUCAUGAUGCUCUUCGUUUCCAAGAAGAGCGUCCAGAAACUCACCCUUUCCUUCUAUGAGAAGCGAGCACUUGAGGAUAAGAUUUCUUCUGCCUUGUUUACUGCUCGCCAACUGAGCUACCUGAGACUGCGGAACUGUGAAUUCAGUGCGCCAUCUUGGUUUCUGGGUUUCAGUAAGCUUGCCCGUCUUGAUUUAUAUGGAGUACAUGUUCCCUCUCCAUCUAAUUUCUGUGAAGAUUUCCUUCCCAAGUGUCCGGUUCUUCAACACUUGAUAUUCGUUAUUCAGGGCUCAGAUUCUCGUAAGGCUGAAUUAGUAUCUCCUUCACUGAAAGUAUUUGAGUCCAAUCUUUGGAAUGUCUGCUUCAAGCACACCCCAUUUCUUUCAACGGUCAGGAUCGAAUUGAUGGAUGUGUACCAGAACGAUAAACUAAGCAAGUAUCGUGCAUAUGACCCAGAUAUUGCAGCUGCAUUCUCUUCUCUCCCUGCAAUCGAGAAGUUAAUUAUAGGCGGACAAUGGAUGGGAUUCCUUGCCUCAGGUAAAGUCCCAUCCAAGCUUCCUACAUAUCUUCAUCAACUGAAAGACCUCAAACUGGGCGACAUCCUAUUGUAUCGUUUGUCGGAAGCACGUGUUCUUGUUUGCCUAAUCGCGAGUUCCCCCAACCUGCGCAAGCUCACCGUUGUGUGUAAUUGUGUCCACGCCAGCCUUCGCAAGAAGAGAACUAUUGACAUCUUGCAGCUGUUGGAAGAACACGACCAUCCUACUGCAAGUUGUUUUCAGUGCCUGGAAGAGAUGAGUAUUUCUGAUGUCCUGGGUAUGCGGGUUGAAUUGAACUUGUUGAGGUUUGUAUUAGCUACCGCCCCACAACUUCGUAGGAUCUUCAUUAAGCCUGAUGGUAAAAUGGACCCUAGAAAGGCCCACAAAUUCUUGAAGGAGGUUACGAGCUUUAAGCGUGUUUCCAGAGAAGCAGAGGUAAUCUAUGUUUCUAAGGAUGAAAACUGAUGCUCUGUAGCUUUACUCUUCGAGCAUUUUGGCUCAUCAUCUUAGUUCUCUCACUUCAUCGAGGUUUUCUGGUCAGGAAUUUUUUUUCUGUAAUUGAUGCGAUGUUGUUUGAUCUAAGAUUAGUUUGGUAUAUGGUGGGCUUUUGUUCCCCUCAAAAUGUUGCUUGUUCGUACUACUUUCAGUACACUUAAUAAUCUUCUC